AUGUCGGUUGCCGCCAUGGAAGAGUACAAGUCCAAAUACGCCCUCCACGAAGCCUGUCGUCAAGGCCAGACAUCGAAAGUCGAGUCUCUCCUUGCCGCAAACCCCAAGCUGUCCUCCCUGCGCGACCCUGACGACCGCCUACCUCUCCACUGGGCCGCCUCUUUCAACCACCUCGCGAUCGUGCAGGUGCUCGUACAACUGAAAAACUUCGACGUCGACGCCACAGACGGCUCAGGCUGGACCGCUCUGCACAUGGCCUGUUCGCGCAAAGACGCCGAGCAGAUUGUAGAUCUACUGCUGAGCAAAGACGCCGACGUCAACGCCAAGACGAACACAGGACAGACAGCGCUGCACUUUUGCGUAAGCAAGAACAACCUCGACAUUGCGCGGACCCUCAUGGCGCAGAAGCCUCCGGCCUCAGCCCGUGUCAAAGACAGGCGUGGCCAGUUGCCGCUCCACCGUGCGGCUGCUGCAGGGAACGUGCCCAUCAUCAAAGCGCUGCUAGACACAGGCAAGAGUCCGCUGAACGCGACGGAUGUAGAUGGGCAGACGGCGCUGCAUCAUGCGCUCAGCGAGGGGCAUGGAGAUGCGGCGAUGCUGUUGUUGCAGAGGGGUGCCGAGUGGGAUAAGAAGGAUACAUGGGACAAGGUGGCGUUGGACUAUGUGCCAGACGCGAAGACGAGGAGCUUUAUCUUGCAGAGUGCGGAGCGGGAGGGGAUUGACCUGCACUGA